AUGUUAGAUAAACAGCAAAUAAAAGAAGAAAGUGUGUCUAAGGAAGAAGAAAAACGAUUGAAAUCCGAACGUAAACUAGCGGAAAAAUUAACAUGUGGUGUGACAAAACAACAUGUCAUUGAAGAUAAUAUUUCUCUGGGCUAUCUGUUAUUGAUCAAACAUGAUAGCUACGACCGUUUAUGGCCUGAAAUUAUUUUGGAAUUCAUUUUCUAUGAUGCAUACGUUGCAGAAUUACAAAAGUUGGGUAGAGAGAAAUUAGAUUUUUACGAACAUUCGAAAUUCUGUUCAGUUAUUAAUAGUAGUAGCGUCAUUUAUAAUGGAACUACUCAGAGUAUUAAAAACUAUGAUUUCGCUCCACAUAUGACAUUGAGUGUGUUAAUUACCUUAAUGAAUAGAUCAGCUGUUCUAGUAUUUAAUGGUGAAAUGUUUGAAUCCAAACAAGCGAUGAAAGCUUAUUACCAUCUUUUACAUGUAUUAAUGCAUUUUACUAAUAUUUAUCCUGAAUUAGAAGAUAAAAUUAAUACAACUAUAAAAUAUUUCUUAAGAGAAUUACCUGGUCGUAAUAAAAGAGUAGUACUCGAUAUUGGUGAAUUUCUUAUACAAAUUGGAUUCAACGAAAAACUUACUCAGAACUUGUUAGAUGUACAAAUCGAAGAUUUUCUGGACACAUUUCAAUCGAGAAAAGUAUCGUAUCAUCUGUGA